AUGUUUGAACAAGACCAACCUCAAUCAUCAACAACAACAACUUCCCAAAACGACUCUCUCACUCGAUCCAAUGAUGGUGAUCACAACAGCAGAGUGUCGCAACCUCGAGUGCGCAUUCAUAAAUUGGUGAAGGAUUUUCUCGACCGUGUGUUGUCAGAAACAAGCUCAAUAGAUCCUGAUGAUGAGGAUGCGGAAGAAGAAGAGCCUUCAUUCAUCAACAUGGAUGAAGAUCAGGAGACUGACUCUCUACCAAGCUCUAUGGAAUCACAAGAAGUUUUCAAUUUGAAUGAACAACCUUCUCGGUCACCGGACACGAAACCAUCAUCACCAUCACUAUCACUCAACAAUUACUCAACAACUAAUUUAGAUUUGAAUAUUGAAUCGGACCCAUAUGGCUUCUCAUCUGCCUAUUUCUGUUUCGGAUCCAACGAAGAAAAUUUUCUCUCUCUCAACUCGAGCCAACUUUCACAGUACGAGACAGGUGUUGAUGGUUUUGAUGGAGAGGUGAUUUCUCGAGUGACUCAACGAACCUUUCACACCACUCCAAUGAUUAUUUCAACAACAGACAACAAUGAGGAAGUGGUGAUGGUGGCGGACUCAGAAACAGCAUUACGACCAAGAGUGUUGGGAGGAGAGGAAGUGGUGGAGCAUAUUCGUAUGGCAGCUUAUAAUUUGGGAAUUUUAACGAGAAGAAUGAAAAGUUUCCAUGACUUGUCAAAUAAGAGUCAUCCUUCUCUCGAUGAAAAGGAGAAUGGAACGAUUUGUUACAUUUCAGGAAGUAAUGAAAGGGGACAAUUUGGAUUACCUGAAAAAUUUAAAAGAACGAGCUCUUUUCGAAAGGUGGAUUAUUUUGAAAAGAAUGGAAUUCAGAUUAAGGACAUGACCUUUGGUUCCUAUUUUACAUUGUUUUUAUCAGCAAAUGGACAGCUGUUCAGUGCUGGAGAUAAUGAAAAUGGUCAACUUGGUCGUAGCUCUUUGGACAAUCAAUUUAAUAUUGAGCAAGUGAAGAUUGUGAAUCCGGAAACGAGUGAAGAAGAAUUUAUUACUCAAAUUGAGGCAGGAGCUUUCCAUUGUGCCUUUCUUGCCAAAAGUGGAAAUGUGUAUUCACAGGGAUACAAUUGUUGGGGGCAAAGUGGACAUGAAGGAGAUGAUAUCAUACGCCCAACGAGAAUUGAUAUUUUCGGAAAAGAAAAGAUUGAAAUUGAAAGAAUUGUGUGUAUUGAGCAUAAUACUUUUUUCAUUACAAAGCCAAAUCCAUUCCGUGACAUUUAUGGGUGUGGAUUUUCUAAAAAGGGACAACUUGGUGGUGAACAUGGUGGAGAAUCAGUUCGACAACCUGUCAAGCUGCAUUUUUUUUCAGGAAAAGAUAAGAGCGUUAAAUCUAUAAGUGGAGGAUGGGGACAUGUCAUUAUCGUCACACAAGAUGGAUCUGUCUACGCACAAGGAUUGAAUGAUUAUGGACAGUGUGGAGUGGGUGAUCUGGAGACUCGAAAAGAAACCACCUUAAUACCAUUCUUUACGGAAACACUUUACAAACAAUCUUAUUUGGAAAAAAUUGAAGAAGUGCAAUGUGGUUCAUAUCAUUCACUGUUCUUGUCUAGAUCUGGUAAAUUGUUUGGAUGCGGAUAUAAUGAAAUGGGAAGUUUGUCUUUGGGUAGCGAGAGUUGGAUUACCAUUCCAACAUUGAUUGUUGAAUUCCCAAGCUAUUUAAUUGGAGAACCACAUUAUCAGUUGGAAUUGAAAACAUGGUGCUAUACAACAGCUAUUUUGGUAAAAAAGAGAUCAAAAAGAGUGGAACAAUUUUUCACAAACCUCAUGAGAUCACUACAGCAUGAAGCUAGAUUUUUCGAUUUAUUGAUCGUUUAA